AUGGCGCAAGAUAAGGACAAAGAUUGGGUCGAUUACUUCGGUGAUUUUAACGCGACGAAAAAACACCUCCCAAGUGACGUCACCGAUGACAAUAAGAUAACUUAUAUGUACUCUGAUAACCAGACUGGUUUUCUCGAUUAUAGCAACUUCACAACAGACGACUUCUGCCAAUCGAACCAUUCUCAUGCCUAUUUGAAUGUAACGUGUGAGUUCCCUAUAAAUUAUGCAGAGCCGAUGUACGGAUACAUUGCUCCGUUCCUCCUGGCUACAACAACGAUUGCCAACACGCUCAUCGUGGUGGUACUCUCCCGCCGCCACAUGCGAACACCUACGAACGUAGUACUCAUGGCGAUGGCACUCUGUGACAUGUUCACUAUGCUGUUUCCCGCACCCUGGCUUUUCUACAUGUACACCUUCGGCAAUCACUACAAACCGCUAAGUCCUGUUAGAGCCUGUCAAGCCUGGAAUUAUAUGAAUGAGGUGAUUCCAGCAAUGUUUCACACAGCGAGUAUCUGGUUGACCUUGGCUCUUGCAGUGCAACGGUACAUCUACGUCUGCCAUGCUCCAGUAGCCAGAACUUGGUGCACAAUGCCUCGGGUAAUGAAGUGCUUACUAUACAUUGGCAUCGCAGCGUUCUUGCAUCAGCUUCCGAGGUUCUUCGACCGGCGCUACGUCCCUCAAACCACCGUGUGGAGGGGUCACAUCGAAGAAGUUUGCAGGAUCGAGAUGGCUUCAUGGGUGCAAGCUAUAUCCCUAGAUGUAUACUUCAUCUCCUACUACGGAUUCAGGGUCCUAUUCGUCCAUCUAAUCCCAUGCACUUCUCUCGUGGUCCUAAACGUACUUCUGUUCAGAGCUAUGAGAACUGCGCAGAUCAACAGGCAAAGACUAUUUAAAGAGAAUCGAAAAUCUGAAUGCAAGAAGCUAAGAGACUCAAAUUGUACUACUCUAAUGCUUAUCGUGGUGGUCACUGUAUUCCUGUUGGUAGAAAUUCCGGUAGCUGUAGUCACAAUUCUCCAUAUUAUAUCCAGCACUAUAGUCGAAAUUUUAGAUUAUUAUAUCGCUAAUAUCUUGAUUCUUAUCACCAAUUUCUUCAUUUUAGUAUCUUAUCCAAUUAAUUUCGCCAUUUACUGCGGCAUGUCCAGGCAGUUUAGGGAGACCUUCAAAGAACUUUUCAUCAGGGGAGCAGUGACAAGUAGGAAAAAUGGCGGGUCUAGUAGAUACUCUUUAGUAAAUGGACCUAGGACUUGCACGAAUGAGACGGUUUUGUAG